AACAUAAGUUGACAGGCUCGACCGCUUUGAAAUCGUGAGAGUUGAUAAUCAGACAGAGACUCCGCCAUCAUAGGAAAGUGCUCGAUUGUAUCAGAUUGUUUAUAAUUCCCCGGUACUUUCUCUAUAAAGUUUUUCUUGAAUCUCCGACUGUAAAGUAAAUUUUCACAGCCUAUUUCGUCUCUUCCCGAUCAUAGAUUCCGUGCUCGUGUUUCUCAAACUGGGAACAAGGAUUUGAAUGCUUUGGCUAAGAGUGACGAUUUUGGGAGUAGUUAAACUUGGUGCGGUUCUGCUAUUGGAGCUGCAAAUUUCUUGAAAUGGGGAGCAAUGGAAUGGAUCAUCCAUUAAAGUAUUCAAAAGAGGGAGGAGUUAGCAGCAGCAAAGAACUACAUAAGGACUUUGUGCAAGACAAUGGUGCUCAUGAAUCAGAGGUAGUGGAAUAUACAUCUUCAGAUGAACAAUCCAGGAAGGCUUCUGUUGAGCAGGUAGCCACGAGUUCAGAAUGGCAUCAAUCAAUUUCAGAAAUUUCCCAGUCUAACGAGUUGAAUGUUAGUCCUUCUCCUCGUAGAGGGUUGGAUUACUGCAUCACUGCACCUGUCAGCGCUCAGAAAAGUCUGCUAAUUGACCAAGAUUUCACAUUUUCUAGAUCCAUGACUGAGAAGAAGAUCCCCAGGCACGAGCUCAAAUUGGAUAGACUAUCAGAGCGUGAAAAGAAAAAACUUAUUGUGGAACUAGUCAGGAUCCAAAAUGAUGGGACGGUAGAGGUUGACAUUGAUAAAAGUGCACCUGUAGCUUCAGAAUUAUUCGAGCUACAAACAAUUGGGGUGCCAUCUCUCGUUGUCGAUGGAGACAAUUCUGGAUCCAAUAAAGUAAUUCCAAGAUUGAAAAUAGCCAUUCUUGUGGUUGGAACAAGGGGAGAUGUACAACCUUUUCUGGCUAUGGCGAAAAGACUACAGGAAUUUGGUCAUCAUGUUAGGUUGGCGACUCAUGCUAACUUCAGGAGUUUUGUUAAGGCAUCUGGCGUGGAUUUUUAUCCUUUAGGUGGUGAUCCUCGGGUUUUGGCAGGAUAUAUGGCCCGAAAUAAAGGUCUCAUCCCCUCUGGGCCAGGAGAAAUAUCUAUACAAAGAAAGCAACUAAAGGUGAUUAUUGAAUCGCUUCUUCCAGCAUGUACAGAACCAGAUAUGGAAACUGGUUUGCCUUUUAGAGCUCAGGCAAUAAUUGCAAAUCCUCCUGCUUAUGGGCAUACACAUGUUGCUGAAGCUCUUGGCAUACCCAUUCACAUUUUCUUCACAAUGCCCUGGACGCCAACAUAUGAAUUCCCUCACCCAUUGGCUCGUGUACCUCAAAGUGCUGGUAAUUGGCUUUCAUACAUAGUUGUUGAUUUGCUGAUAUGGUGGGGCAUAAGAGGAUAUAUCAACGACUUCAGGAAAAAUAAGCUGAAGCUUCCUUCAAUUGCAUAUUUCAGUAUGUAUCAUGGGUCAAUAUCUCACUUGCCAACAGGCUACAUGUGGAGUCCCCACCUUGUGCCAAAGCCAAGUGAUUGGGGACAUUUAGUUGAUGUCGUCGGCUUUUGUUUUUUAAACCUUGGGUCACGGUAUCAACCUCAACAAGGGUUUGUUCAAUGGAUUCAGAAAGGAGCAAAACCCAUAUAUUUUGGUUUUGGAAGCAUGCCUCUUGAUGAUCCUAAGCAAACAACAGAUAUAAUAUUAGAAGCAUUAAAGGACACAGGACAAAGAGGAAUAAUUGACCGCGGUUGGGGAAACCUGGGUAACUUGACAGAAGUUCCUGAUGAUGUUUUUCUUCUGGAGGAGUGUCCUCAUGACUGGUUGUUUCCUCAAUGUUCUGCUGUGGUUCACCAUGGAGGAGCUGGGACCACAGCUACAGGGCUAAAAGCUGGGUGCCCCACAACUAUAGUGCCAUUCUUCGGAGAUCAGUUUUUUUGGGGUGAUCGGAUACAUCAAAAAGCUUUGGGACCUGCGUCGAUACCAAUAUCCCAGCUCAGUGUUGAGAGCCUUUCCAAUGCUAUUAGAUUCAUGCUCCAGCCAGAGGUGAAAUCCCGAGCAAUGGAACUGGCGAAACUGAUAGAAAAUGAAGAUGGUGUUGCAGCUGCUGUUGAUGCUUUUCAUCGACAUUUACCUUCUGAACUACCAUUGCCUGCUUCAUCUUCCGAGGAAGACGAACAUCCAAACCCGCUGCAGUGGAUCUUUAUUCAAGUUGGCAAAUGGUGCUGCCUUCCUUGUAAUAUGUAGGCUGCUGGCAGUUUCUUCAUGAUGUAGAUAUGUUGUCUUCUUCAUUUUUUUAUUUUUUUUAAUAUUAUUUUCAAUUAUUUAUCUUCUGCAUUUCAUUCAUUUUAUUCAUGAUUUGAUUAUAGUCUCGACUCUUGAGUGACAGAUAGAAAUUUGAUAACAUCAUAGUUUCUCUCACAGGUAAUGUAACAAUACAAUAAUAGGUUUGCUC